AUGUUCAUCGUCAGCUCAAAGCUACAAAACGUGUGCACCAGAGACAAAACAAUGUUAUAUGGUAUUUUACUUGAAAGUGCUCGAGAUGGUGUUCGUUCUGUGUAUGGACAUCAGACAUGGAGACGUAUUGUGCAAGAAUUAAAUUUUGAACAUGAUUCAUUUACAACAUUGGGACGUUAUGACGAAGAUCUUAUUGAAAAAAUCGCCUUAUGUUUAGCGGAUAUUCUUCAUGACGGUACACCGGAUAAGUAUAUGGAAUUUUUCGGUGAAUGUUUUGUUAGAUUUUUUACAAAUUAUGGCUAUGAUAAAAUAUUACGUGUAGCUGGUAGAUACUUUCGUGAUUUUCUUCAUUCAAUUGAUCAAUUGCAUGACAGUACAAGAUUUAGUUUUCCAAAAAUGAAAUCUCCAUUGUUUCAUGUUAUAGAAGAAGAUGAACAUGGUGUCGUAUUACAUUACAAAUCAAAACGUCGAGGAUUUCAAUGUUAUAUUAUUGGUCAAUUGAAAGAGUGUGCAUCAAGUUUUUAUAAUGAAGAAAUUUAUGUUCGAGUAAAAGACGAUAUAUCAACAGCCGACUAUACACGUAUCCUCUUUCGUGUAGAUUUUAACAAUGAUAUUGUUAAAAAAGUAUCCAAACGUUUAAUCAAUGUUCCAACAUUACCGGAUAUAACAAGUGGAACAUUUUUUCGAGUAUUUCCAUUUUGUAUUUUAAUUGAUCCAUCUAUGCGUAUAUAUCAUGUGGGAAAAAGUAUCAAAAAUUUAUUUUCUGAUGAUACCUUAUUUUCUGGAAGAUAUUUAAAAGAUCUCUUUCAAAUAAUACGGCCAGAUAUUUUACUUGAAUGGGAGAAACUAUUAUCAUACGGUCGUCAUAUUGUUUUUGUUAUGGAAAGUAAAAUUCCGUUGCGUCCAGCUGUUAGUACUUUACAUAAGAAUACAGGUAUUGCAACUAUUCGUUUAAAAGGUCAAAUGAAAUUCAUCACUACUUGGAAUAUGGUCGUAUUUCUAAGUCAUCCAGUAUUAUCAACAACUGAAGAAAUGGUAUCAAUUGGUCUAUCUUUACAUGAUUUAAAUUUUUAUGAUGGAAGCAGCGAGAUUCUGAUAUCUGGAAUGCAACAUGCUCGACACUUACAAGCAGCAAUUGACAAGCAACAUGCCUGGAUAACAAAACUACAACAUUCACGAGUUGAACUACAAGAAUGGCGUCGAAAAGGAAAACGUUUAUUGUAUUCAAUGAUCCCAAGACAUAUUGCACAAAUGUUACAAGAAGGUGUUAUCGCUAAUACAAUAUGUGAAUCACAUAAAAUGAUUACGGUUUUGUUUGCGUACGCAGUGGAUUUUAAAGAAGUUAUACAAAAGUUGCAGCCAACAGACAUUGUUGUGUGUAUUAAUCAAAUGGUGAAUGUUUUUGAUAAAUGUACAGACAAAUUUGAUGUAUUCCGAUUGGAAACAAAAGCGGAUUCGUCAUACAUAGCUGUAGCAGGCAUCCAAGAUCGAUUAGCCAAUAGACGUGAAUCAGAUUCGAGUUCCUCAACAAUAUUAAGUAAAUCGUCAUCGGGAGACGUUAUUCACGAUUUAAAGAAUCCGCUGGGCUUGAAUCAAGCAGAAACAAUUUCUGCUCUUGCUUUAAAUUUAUUAGUAAAUGGUAGAAAAUUAACUAAUCCAGCAACAAAACAAUCCUUUCGACUUAAAUUUGGAUUUCAUAGUGGACCAGCCGUUGGUGGAAUAGUAGGAAAUAAAAAUUAUCAAUACUGUUUAUUUGGAGAUACAAUUAAUACAGCUUCUCGUGUAGCAACGACUGGCGACGUUGGUCGAGUCCAUAUAAGCAAGGUAUCUUAUGAAUUAUUAAAAAAUUCACGUUAUUUCGAUACGGUGUACAAAGGAAAAACGAAAAUGGAGGGUAAAGGUUUUAUUCAUACAUAUUGGUUAACUGGUCCAAAAGCCCUUUAUACAACAAUGAUGGAACAAUAUACAUCUUACAUAUUGCAAGCAGGAGAAACAAUCGCUUCGGAUGUACAAGAAAUUAUGUACGAUAAUAUAAAUUCGAUCACAAUGCUUGGUUACUCUGAACCUCGGUCAGAGAUAAAACUAUUCGAAAGUCAAACUGAUGAUAGCCAAUCAAGUGUUACAAAUGAACAACGCUCAUCACCAAAUGUUUUAAAUAAAACCGUAUCUAGUUUAAUGGCAACAUGUCCAUUUAGCGGAAUAAAACUGGACAAAUUUAUUUAA